AUGCCUCUCGAUGAAGAAGGUGCGAAAUGGUCAUGCGAACCAUGCAUUCGCGGGCAUCGGUCCUCCAAAUGCCAACAUUUCGACCGACUCAUGAUGAAAGUCCCCAAGGCUGGCCGGCCUCUGGCGAAAUGUCCACACCCAAAAGGAUCCUGCAGCUGCCAAAAGACAUUUGCGUUCAUGGUGCGGAUACCCAAAGGGUCGAGCUGCCUUUGUCGACCACUCUACAAGGUGCCAGCGGAUGAUACCGACGCAUCGCAGCUCUCAUCCACCUCAAUGUCUUCGAUGUCAUCGCCUUCCGUUGGGAAGAUCCAGAAAGGAGGACGAAAACAAAGUAUCAUUCAGGCUGCUCCUCAGAAUAUCGCCAAAGCCCUCGAGGCCAUGCCUGAGAACCUGAAAUUUGAAGAAGAAACAUUCAGAUUUCCGGAAAUCCCACCAAAUCAAUCAAUGGAAGCAAAUGUUUCCGAGACAGGCACACCUCAAGCUGCCCCUGCAAUUGAGGAGCCUCUCCAGUUGGACAAGGGCUCGAGCUGCUGCUCCGGAAAAUCGCAAAAAAAAGUCAUCCCAGCGCCAGCGCCAAGUGUCACCAAAUCUUGUUGCGGUGGAAAAAAGAAAUCCCCCAAGAUGACGACGAACAGCACCAUGGCCAACCAACCUCCGAAUGCAUACCAGUUCCCAUCCUGGGACUCAAUAUCUCACUCCAACUUCUCCGAUUCCCAUUCUCAAUCCUGGCAGAGCCCUGCGACAUCUACACCAUCGGCACCUUUUAUUCCCUUUGAAUUGCAAAACACCCAACAAAAUCUGUUUUUUUCGAACGGGCAGACGAUGAAUGGACUCGGGAUACCGCCUCACAACAUGGGAUUCGCAAUGGAUGUUCACCACACGACAGCUUACCCUACCACAGUCUUUGGCAACAACGCUGGUCUCGACUGCAACUGUGGAGAUGAUUGUCAGUGCCUUGGCUGUGCCGCUCAUCCCUUCAACAGCACUACCCGCCAGCACGUCCAGGAAAUGGGCGCCUUGAUGACAUUUGAUGGAGAUGACCAAUCCCCAGAUCUCACGGCCAGUGCCAGUACUCACCAGAAUCCUCCAUUUCCCGGGAUCAACACACAAACGCCUUUCGAUUUCUAUAUGCAACAGGCACCCGCUGCAAACCAUGCUAGCCGCCAAGAUUCUCUCCUGUCAUUCUCCAAUUCACAUUCAACCUUGCCCAGUGGCUAUUCGUCGCCGCUUCCUGCAGAUCAUCAUUUCAACCAGCCACUGAUGCACCCAGCCGAAUACUAUACGAUCGAAUAUCCAGUUGGAAUCCCCAGUGCUUGCUCUGAUAUCACGGGUAGUUGUCAAUGUGGAAAUGACUGCAGUUGUGUGGGCUGCCUGACACACAGUGGUCACAAUGGUGUAGCUUUGGAACCGCCCGUGACAACACAUCCGAACGCCAGCUCCGAACAAAACAGUUUCUCGCCUCGAAUUUCGCUAGGCGCAGUUGCUGACGACUACGCUUCUCGCCCGCAUACUCACUCCCGGUCUCAGCCCCAGCCCUUGCCGUGGGGAAAUGAUUCGAUGUCCUCUCCAAUACCAGCUCCCCUCACAACGUCUAUGACAUGA